AUGGGCUCGGCUCCGGAUUCACAGCUCUCGCAGCACGAUGCAGAGAUCAAAAUGGAAUGGGACGAUGCUCGAGAGAGACGAAACCCGCAAAACUGGCCGAUCUGGAAGAAGCUAUUCCAUACCGCCGUGCCAUGUAUUCUGGCUUUUGUGAUCACCCUGGGCACGUCUGUCAAUGAAGCAGCGUUGGAGCUCAUUGCGGAGCGGUUCGGAGUAUCUCGAACGAUCUCCAUGCUCACGCUGACACUAUACACUCUUGGUCUGGCUUUCGGGCCGGCGUGUACCGCACCACUGUCGGAAAUGCUUGGCCGUCGCUGGAUCUAUGUGAUCAGCUCAUCUCUGCUGCUCGCAUUCAGUGCAGGGGCCGGGGCUGCGAAGAAUCUCGGCACUCUUCUCGUAUGCCGCGGACUGGCCGGAUUCUUCGGGUCAGCUGGGGUCGCAAUUGGGGCAGGAACAUUAGCUGAUAUCUGGUGUUUGGAGAAGGAAGGUGGCCCUGCGUCGGUGCUUUUCAUCCUGGGUCCCUUUUUGGGCCCUACGAUGGGGCCCCUUGUAGGUGCCUAUGUCCUCAAGGGCCAUGACAACGACUGGAGGUGGACACAGUGGGUGUUGGUGAUUCUCUGUGCACCAGUGUGGGUGGGAACACUCCUGAUGAAGGAAACCUCAAAGGAUAAGAUUUUGGCCGGUCUCAAUCAAGCGCAAAAGGGGCAACCGCUGGAGGAAAAGCCGACCCUGGCCCAGAUUCUCGCCGAUGGACUAGGGACGCCAGUUAAAAUGCUGUGCACACAGGUCGUGGUUCUCUCAUUGACCCUGUAUACUGGAUUUGCCUACGCGAUGAUCUUCAGCUACUUUGCAAGCUCAUCCUAUGUCCUGGCUUUAUACUACGGGUUCGACUGGCAGCAAAUUGGAUUGAGUUUCAUCAGCGUCAUUAUCGGGUAUCUUAUUGCUGCCUUUAUGUUUGGUGUCUUUGAUAAGACACUAUACGCAAAGGCACGCGAAGCCAGUGGUGGAUUCGCCGCCCCAGAGCACCGUCUCUACUCAGCGAUGGCAGGUAGUGUCCUCUUACCUGUUGGAUUAUUUUGGUAUUCAUGGGAGGCCCACUAUGGAGGUCGAUGGGCUGCCCUGGUGUGUGCAGGUAUUCCGUUUGGAAUCGGGGCAUUUUCUCUUUUCCUAUCGACGAUUGCCUAUCUUGUUGAUGUCUAUCAAGCCAGAGCUGCAGCUUCCGCACUGGCUGCAAAUGGAGUUAUUCGAUAUAUUCUAGGGGCAACGUUCCCUCUGUUUACCGUUCAAAUGUACCAAAACCUGGGGGUUCACUGGGCUGGCAGUGUGUUUUCUUUUCUGUCGCUCUUUCUCUUGCCGAUCCCUUGGCUGCUGUUCAAAUAUGGGUCCUUCUUGCGACAGAAGGGGCAUUAG